AUGUUCAUACCACCUGUUCGAAAUGUAAAACAAUACUCAGCUGAUAGUGCUUAUUCGACAACAACAGGUGGUUCAGCUGAAUCCAAUUUCAGUCAACAAUCAUCAGAGAGUUUAGAUGGUGAUACACCGGAAGUACAAACAGCAGCUGUUGGCGGUCUAACUCCACCGAUAAAACCUCGUGAUCAAACACGUACAGCAAUUGAAGCACUUGAACGAUGUAAAACAAAACCAGUUGCUUUUGCUGUACGAACAAAUAUUGAUUAUAUACCUUCAUCCGACGAUCAAUGUCCUAUAGCUAAAGCAGCUAUUGCUUUUAGUACAAAAGAAUUUCUUCAUAUAAAAGAUAAAUUUAAUAAUGAUUGGUGGAUUGGACGAUUAGUUAAAGUUGAUGCUCCAUUAGGUUUUAUUCCAAGUCCAGCAAAAUUAGAAAUAAUACGUAUACAUGCCACUCGAAAAACUAAAAAUCCUUCACAAACACUUACCAAUACAAUACCACGCAUCAAAGCGUCUACACAAAGCUUAGAUGUCAUCGAUCAAAACAUUCCAGGAUUUGGUGAUGAUUUAUUGGGUAACGAUAUUGAUGGUGAUAAUCAUAGUCUUACAAAAUCAAGAUUAAAUAUUAAUGCGAACAAAGAUAAAAAGAAAAAUUUUUUCAAAAAGGCUGUAAACAUAACUCCGUAUGAUGUUGUACCAAAUAUGCGUCCUGUUGUCCUCGUUGGUCCAUCCCUAAAAGGCUAUGAUGUUACAGAUAUGAUGCAAAAAGCUGUUUUUGACUUUUUAAAACAUCGUUAUGAAGGUCGUAUCAUAAUAACACGUGUUACAGCUGAUAUUUCACUUGCUAAACGUGGUCUUUUAAAUAACCCAUCAAAAAUCGCACUUAUUGAACGUAGUGGAGCUGGUAGUGGUAUGAAUUCGCCGUUAGCAGCAGCUGGUAUGAGUCCAAUGGCAACCCGUGCAAAUGGUAUAAAAGAAGUUCAUGAUGAAAUUGAACGUAUAUUUGAAUUAGCACGAAGUCUACAAUUAGUUGUACUUGAUUGUGAUACAAUAAAUCAUCCAGCUCAAUUACAAAAAACAUCAUUAGCACCCAUAAUUAUCUAUUUAAAAGUUUCUUCACCCAAAGUUUUACAAAAAUUAAUAAAAUCACGUGGAAAAAGUCAACAUAGAAAUUUAAAUGUACAAUUAGUUGCUGCUGAUAAAUUAACACAAUGUCCAGCUGAUAUGUUUGAUUUAAUAUUAGAACAAAAUCAAUUAGAAGAUGCUUGCAAUACUUUAGCCGUGUUUUUGGAUAACUACUGGAAUGCUACACAUCCAAAAUUAGAUGAAAAAAAUGAAUUAAAUAAUGAUUCAACCCAUGUACCACCACGUCCAACAGCAACACUUAUUGCUCAUUUACCACAAACACAUCCAUCUGGAAAUGUACCUGUUGUAACAACAACUACACGUCUUCUUCCAUCAUCACCAUUACUUAAUGAUCUAACACAAUCACAAUUACCAAUAAAUCGUUAUGGAGCUGCAGGUGUAGGAGGAAAUCUUCAUCAACGACGACCAUCAGCAACUAAUUCGGAUUACUAUCGACAGCCAAUAUCAACACAACCUGUAUCUUCUGGGCCUGUUUAUGAUGACGAACGAUUUGCCCAUUAUGAAAUGACUAACUUUCGAUAG